AUGUCUGAGCCCAUCCGCAACAAGCGCCUCGACCAGGCCGUCGCGCCCACGCCGCAGAACACCCCGGCCAACGCCGCUCCCAUCUCGUCCCGCGCACAGCAGCCCGGCGUUGCCAGCAUCAAGGAAGAGGACUUGGACCGCGCCACCGCCGCAUCGAUUUUCGCCCAAAAUCCCCAGCUCGUCUCCAUGAUUCAAGGCAAGCUUGGCUCGCUCGUCGGCCGCUCUUCUGGCUACAUCGAGUCGCUUCCUCAAGAUGUCCGUCGCCGCGUUGCCGGCCUGAAGGGCGUGCAAAAGGAGCACUCGAAGCUUGAGGCGGAGUUCCAGGAGGAGGUCCUGCAGCUCGAGAAGAAGUACUUCGCCAAGUUCACUCCCCUCUAUGAGAAGCGUGCCAAGAUCGUCAACGGCGUGGAGGAGCCCUCCGAGGAGGAGGUGCAGGCUGGUGAGCAGCACGACGAGGAUGACGAAGAAGAGGAGGAGGCCGAGAAGCCCGAGGAGAAGUCCGAGGACCCCGCGGAGAAGGUCAAGGGUAUUCCUGAGUUCUGGCUGUCCGCGAUGAAGAACCAGGUUUCGCUGGCCGAGAUGAUCACCGACCGCGAUGAGCCUGCGCUCAAGUCUCUGGUUGACAUCCGGAUGGAGUACCUUGACAAGCCCGGCUUCCGCCUGAUCUUCGAAUUCACCGAGAACGAGUACUUCACAAACAAGACCAUCACCAAGACCUACUACUACCAGGAGGAGAACGGCUACGAGGGUGACUUUAUCUACGAUCACGCCGAGGGCGACAAGAUCGAGUGGCUGCCGAACAAGGACUUGACCGUCAAGGUCGAGAGCAAGAAGCAGCGCAACAAGAACACCAAGCAGACUCGCGUCGUUAAGAAGACUGUCCCCACUGAGUCCUUCUUCAACUUCUUCUCGCCCCCCAAGGCUCCCACCGACGAUGACGAGGAGAUCGGGGAGGACAUUGAGGAGCGUCUCGAGCUCGACUACCAGCUCGGCGAGGACAUCAAGGAGAAGCUCAUCCCUCGCGCCAUUGACUGGUUUACCGGCGAGGCUCUUCAGUUCGAGCAGCUGGACGACUAUGACGAGGGCGAGUUCGAGGAUGAGGACGACGAGGAGGAGGACGACCUCAGCGACGACCGUGACGAGGAGGACGACUCGGACGAGGAGGGUGAUGGCUCAAAGCCCAAGCAGGAGGCUGCCGAGUGCAAGCAGAGCUAA